CACUGCUUGUAGGAAAGUACCUCAAUCUCCAACUGGUCAGUUGACACAAGGAUGAGCAUAACUUGGACUGCGACCUCCGAUGACUCCGAGGCCGACAUCGCAUUGGCAUGCAGUGUCCCCCUGUGGUGCUUGUUGUUGUCGCGUCCCUCAGCUCAGUAGUAUAUGAGACUCGGCUGAUGACAUUGACCACCCUGUGACCGUGACCGUGACUGUAACUGUUGCUGCAGUGUUGAUCUGACCUUACCCCUCAAUUGCUUACCAGCCUAAACCACCCAACCAUCCAUCUGCUCCUUGUUACCUACUACCUGCUACUACUGCUACUGCUUCCAACUCUCCUCUACCUCUCUCAUCCCUUCUACUACCAUCCAUCUCGACCAAACAGCCUUCACUACCAAACAAACUGCUCUGUCCAGCCAUUGGUUGCCCGCUUCAGCCAGUGUCCUAUCUAUCUUGAGACCACCACCAUCUGGUUCAAGUUGUCAUCACACUCCAUCAUGUCUGCCGACACGUCAAACCUCACCAAAGUCGACUCCGCCAUCGGCGGCGUGGCCGGCUCACCACCCAAGGAUGCCAAAGAGCCGACGAAGCGAAGAACAACGUCUAGUGCUCCUGGAGUGAUGAACCUCAAUGAUCUCGAGAAAGAGGGAACCAAGAUCGCUGUGGCACCCGAAACGCAGAAAACCGGCUGGAAACUAAACACCUCGCCCAGCUCGAUCGAAGACCCAUCCAUUCUAAAGAAACAUCUCACGGAACCUCCUGUGAAGAAGAUCGACCUGCAUUUCCCGUUAGGGCUGGAAGUCACGGCACGGAACUUGAAGGGUGUGACCAUCAAGGAUGCCUUGGAUGCCAUUCACAAACAGUUCAAGAAGAAGGCCGACGACGAGUUGGAAGAGCCAUACCUCAAAGGAUUCGAGUGGGAUCCUGAAGAAUCCUGGACGAAGUUGAAGGUCCACACUCAGAAAGAAGGCGCCCCAGCCAGCAAGAAGUCCAAGAAGAAGGACAAGGGUGGUGAUGAGUAAAUCCAGACACUUGCACACCCCAACACUUCAAUGGAAGAAGAAGAAGAGCCAUAUCUUGCUCGUGUCGAGCGAGUACUAUUGACAGCACGGACAUCAGUGCUGCAAAGAGGGCUUGCAUGCUACGAAUGGAAGAUAUUAUCCUGAUGGAAUGUAUAUGCUACCACCGGAGACUGAGCUAUGUGACACUGCAUGAAGCAUGACGAGCUGAGUGCUGAGGACAUGGCCUCUUCCAUUGAAGUGAAGAACAAACCGGUCACUGGACCUGAAGUUAGUUGCUCGUCUAGACCGGCAAUGACAUUACAUCAAUCAACGAAUGAAGAAUCAAAUACCCUACAACUGCCA